AUGCCUUUUCGUGAUCAAUGGCGUGAUGUAAAAUGUUUACAUAAUGAUGGAAUUCCAAUAGAUACAACUAGUAAUGAAACAGCAAAAUUAUUUGAUGCAGCUAUUACGCAAUAUACUGGUUGGUAUAAUGAUAAACAAUUAGGUGGUAUUGAAUCAUGCAUAUCUCGUCUUCUAUCAUCUGAUCCAACAUGUAUUACAAGUCGAAUUUUUGCUACUGGUCUUAAUUUACUUGGAACAACAUUUCCGUCGUCAUCUCUUCACUCUAAAACUCUUGAAUCACUUGGAGAUACGAUAUCAUCUAAUAAAUAUAUUAAUCUUCAUAGUCAAGCUCUUAUUCAAUGGUCACUUGGUCAAUUUGAAAAAGCAACGGAUAUAUGGGAACAAAUUCUUGUUCUUUAUCCAUUUGAUAUGAUGGCAAUUAGAUUUGUAGCUGAUACAUAUUUUUAUAUUGGUAAUCGAGAUAUGCUUCGUGAUUCAGUUGCACGAAUUUUACCUAUCUGGGAAACAUCAUCAGAUCGUCCAUUAAAAUCUUAUUUAUAUGGAAUGUAUGCAUUUGGUUUAGGUGAAACAAAUAUGAUUGAAAGAGCUGAAAAAGAAGCUCGACAUGGUUUAGAAUUAAAUCCACAUGAUGCUUGGGCAACACAUGCAAUGACACAUGCUAUAGAAUAUGCUGGAGAUACAUCGAAAGGAAUUGAUUUUUUGAAAAGAACUAAUCAAAAUUGGGAAACAUGUGAUAUUAUUAAACCACAUAUUGAUUGGCAUUGGGCUUUAUAUGAAUUAGAACAAGGUAAUAGAGAAAUAAGUGAAGAUAUCUUAAAUCGUAUAUUAAAUAAAGAUAAUGAAAUGAUUAUGUUAGAUUUCCAUGAUAUGGCAUCACUUAUUUAUCGUCUUAAACUUGCUGGAAAAGAAACUUCAACUAUUAAUUCAUCAACUCGAUUAAAAAAAUUUUUAAAUGAUCAUUUACAUGAUCAUACAGUAAUAUUUAAUGAUCUUCAUAUUUAUUUUAUAUUAGAUGAUUAUGCAGAAGCGGAAGAUCGAAAUAAUUUUAUUCGUACAUUAAAAGAUGCGUAUGAUACAUCAGACUCUGACAAAGGACAUGUUUAUCGUCAAGUAGGAAAGUAUAUAUUUCAAGCUUUGGAUCAAUUUAAAGAAAAAAAUUAUUCCAAUGUUGUUGAAAUUCUUUAUCCAAUACGAAAUAAAAUUUAUCAAGUUGGUGGAUCGAAUGCACAACGUGAUCUUUUUAAUUUAUUAUUAAUACAUUCAGCCGUUUAUUCUAAUAAUCAUCAACAUCAAAAAUUAGCUAAACGUUUAAUUAAUGAACGAUGUUUACUGCGUAAUAAAACAAAAUCAAAAUUGAUGGAAAAUUAUGCUAAUGCAAUACUUAAUGAUUAA